ACGACCAGAAAGUUUGAAUCUUUCUAACAUGGCCGUUGAUUCGAAUGAUCAACGGCGAGAUGUUGUUGUCAAGAUCGACGGUGAAGACAAUGGUGAUUCAGAAAAGUUUUGGAGAGAAUCAAGCAUUAACUUCUGGCAUAAUGAUAAGAGCUCUAAACCACCCGGAGGUGAAGAAGACGACGGAAGUUUUGAUUUCAUGCGGCGGAGGAGUGAUAAAUCAGAGGAGCCAGAUCCACCGUCGAAGCUCAUCAAUCAAUUUCUCAACAAGCAAAAAGCUUCCGGUGAUGAAAUCUCUCUCGACAUGGAAGCUAACAUGCCUGAGCUUCAAAGCAACACGAUUCCUCCGUCCUCAGCUGCAGUUUCCGGCUCUGCUUCACCAGUAACGGCGACGGCGACGGCGAGUUAUCGUAAUGGAACUGGUGAUGCGAUUAGACGGAGACAGAACAGAGUCACGCUUUCUCCGUCUGUUAAAGAUAGUGAUAGUAGUGGAGAUGAAGAAAACAGAGUAGAUGGAUCAGAGGUUGUCAAGUGUAGCUCGAAUAGAUCGACGAUGAGGACUAAGACUUUGAUGAAGACGAAGACUAGAUCUAGAUUGAUGGAUCCUCCAACUCCGACGUAUCCGGAGAUGGUUUCUGGUCGGACUCCAAAGUCCGGGAAUUUAAAACCCGGUUUUAGUGGGAGAAACACUAAACCGGGAACUCCAAACCAAGGAGGAGCCAUGGAUUUGGAAGAAGAGGAAGAUCCUUUCUCGGAGGAGGAUUUACCGGAAGGUUUAAGGAAGGAGAAGUUUUGUGUUUGGGUUAUUAUGGAAUGGAUUUUUCUGAUUCUGAUCAUUGCUGGUUUGAUUUGUAGCCUUGUUAUACCUUACUUGCGUGGCAAGACACUUUGGGACCUAGCUCUAUGGAAAUGGGAAGUGAUGGUUCUUGUCUUGAUAUGUGGGAGAUUGGUUUCGAGUUGGUUUGUGAAGCUAUUCGUCUACUUUGUAGAAAGCAAUUUUCUUUGGAGGAAAAAGGUUUUGUAUUUCGUUUAUGGGAUUCGAAAGGCCGUACAGAAUUGUCUUUGGCUAGGGCUUGUGUUGAUCGCGUGGCAUUUCUUGUUCGACAAGAAAGUCGAAAGAGAGAUGCGAAGCACUGUGCUGAAGUAUGUGACUAAAGUGUUAAUUUGUUUACUCGUUGCUGUUAUCAUCUGGCUCAUAAAGACUUUACUGGUUAAAGUUCUUGCUUCCUCUUUCCACAUGAGUACUUACUUCGAUCGAAUUCAAGAAUCGUUGUUUACUCAAUAUGUGAUUGAGACUCUCUCGGGACCUCCUCGUAUUGAGAUUCAUAUAGAAGAGGAGAAAGUAGCAAACGAUAUAAAGACCUUCGAGAUAGCGGGACGUAAGCUAUCUCCUCUAGGUCCAAAGGCGGCUUCUUCUUCGCCACAAGUGACUGUUGGAAGCGGAAGGCUGCAGAAGAGUCCGAGUAGAGUUGGGAAAAGUCCGGUGCUUUCGCGGUGUGGUUCUAAGAAAGAAGGAGAGGAAGAAGGGAUAAGGAUCGAUCAUUUGCAGAGAAUGAACACUAAAAACGUUUCGGCUUGGAAAAUGAAAAGACUGAUGAAUGUUAUAAGAAAAGGAACUCUUUCUACUUUAGAUGAACAGAUACAAGACACGACGACUCAAGAAGAUGAUAAAGCCACACAAAUAAGAAGUGAAUUUGAAGCAAAACUUGCAGCGAGGAAGAUUUUUCAGAAUGUUGCUGAGCCUGGAUCCAGGUACAUAUAUAUGGAGGACUUUAUGCGUUUUCUGUCUGAAGAUGAGUCUGAAAGAGCAAUGGAUCUCUUUGAAGGAGCUUCUGAAAGUCACAAAAUCAGUAAAUCCUGUCUGAAGAAUUGGGUGGUUAAUGCUUUUAGAGAACGAAGAGCACUAGCUUUAACAUUAAACGAUACAAAAACAGCAGUGAACAGGCUUCAUCGAAUCGUCGAUGUAAUCGUCAGCAUUGUGAUUUUAAUCAUCUGGCUUCUCAUUCUCGGAAUCGCUACAACUAAGUUCUUGCUUGUCAUAAGCUCUCAGCUUCUUCUUGUAGUCUUUGUGUUUGGAAACUCAUGCAAAACCAUCUUUGAAGCUGUCAUCUUCGUCUUCGUUAUGCAUCCAUUUGAUGUCGGUGACAGGUGUGAAAUAGACGGUGUCCAGCUGAUUGUGGAAGAGAUGAACAUUUUGACUACUGUCUUUCUUCGAUUUGAUAAUCAGAAGAUUGUAUAUCCGAACAGUCUUCUCGGAACAAAACCAAUCGCUAACUAUUACCGCAGUCCCGAUAUGCAAGAUGCCAUUGAGUUCUUUGUCCAUAUAGCAACUCCACCUGAAAAGACAACCGCCUUGAAACAGAGGAUACUCAGCUAUGUAGAUAACAAGAAGGAUCAUUGGCAUCCAUCGCCGAUGAUUGUGUUUAGAGAUAUGUGUGGACUAAACAGUGUGAAGAUCGCGAUGUGGCCAACACAUAAGAUGAAUCAUCAAGAUAUGGGAGAAAGAUAUGUGAGGAGAGGUCAAUUACUUGAAGAGAUUGGUAGAUUAUGCAGAGAGUUGGAUAUCGAAUAUCGGUUAUAUCCUCUUAACAUCAACGUAAAAAGUCUUCCUGCUGCUACUCCGAUCACAUCGGAUCGCAUUCCUCCUAGCUGGAAUCAACAACGCAGUCAGCUUGAGGUACUUAUAUUAGACGCUGACAUGAGAUGCAACGCGUGUUGGAGGGAUCUGGAGGGCAGGGCCAUUUCCACCACUUGCGGUCACUUAUUAUGCACUGAAGAUGCCAGCAAGAUUCUCAGUAAUGAUGGGGCAUGUCCCAUUUGUGAUCAAGUACUCUCCAAGAGUCUAAUGAAACCUGUGGAUAUCAAUCCAAAUGAAGAAUGGAUAAAUAUGGCGAUGGCUGGAAUUUCUCCACAAAUACGUAUCCUUUUCAUAAAUGUAGUCUAUUUCAUUCUUGUGAUGAAGAGUGCAUACCGAAGUGUAAUGUUUUACAUUGCCCAAAGGGACUUAGAGAUGCAGUACAAGAUGAAUAGAGUUGUUGCACAGUGUCGUCAGAAAUGUGAGGGUAUGCAAGCAAAGUUUAGCGAGAAAAUGGAGCAGGUGCAUACAGCAUACCAGAAGAUGGGCAAGAGGUGUCAGAUGAUGGAGCAAGAGGUAGAAAACUUGACCAAGGAUAAGCAAGAGCUCCAAGAGAAGUUCUCUGAGAAAUCAAGACAGAAGAGGAAGCUUGAUGAGAUGUAUGACCAGCUAAGAAGUGAGUAUGAGUCAGUCAAACGUACAGCCAUCCAACCAGCAAACAACUUCUAUCCGCGACACCAAGAACCCGACUUUUUCUCUAACCCAGCAGUUAACAUGAUGGAGAACAGAGAGCCCAUUCGCAAAGACCGCUCGUUUUUCUCUCCUGCAACACCAGGACCUAAAGAUGAGAUAUGGCCAGCAAGACAGAACAGUUCAAAUUCGGGUCCAUUCGACAUCUCCACUGACUCACCCGCGAUUCCAUCCGAUCUUGGAAACAGAAGAGCAGGAGGAGGACAUCCUGUAUAUGGUGGUGGUGGCACUUCUAAUCCCCAGUCAACUCUACGAAACCUUAUUCUCUCCCCUAUUAAGCGUUCUCAGCUCUCUCGUUCCCGCCCUCAACUGUUCACGUAAGCAAACUAUAGCCAUUAAAAAUUGACCAAAUUCACAUCAGGUACUUGGAUUUGUUCUAAAAAAACGUGUUGCUUCUCUUCUCAGGCUAUAGCUUCAGAAUCAAGUUCAAGUUUUCUG